AUGCUUCUGCGGAAGUAUCUACUCGUUACGGAAUCUCAGGUGUCAAAGUGUGGAUUUCAUAUAGUAAAAAAAAAAAAGGGGGACGUGCUAUAUCCGAAACGUACGAAAUUUAGUAAAUAUCGUAAAGGCAUAUGUAGUAGGGGUUGCAAACCAGACGGAACAAAACUUGGUUUUGGAAGAUAUGGCACUCAAAGUUGUAGAGCUGGGCGUCUUUCAUAUCGAGCCAUUGAAGCAGCGCGUCGGGCUAUAAUCGGACACUUCCAUCGUGCUAUGAGCGGACAAUCCCGAAAAAAUGGUAAGAUAUGGGUAAGAGUUUUCGCAGAUAUCCCUAUUACCGGGAAACCUACAGAAGUCAGAAUGGGAAGAGGAAAAGGAAAUCCUACGGGUUGGAUUGCUCGUGUGUCCACGGGACAAGUCCUAUUUGAAAUGGAUGGUGUGAGUUUGUCAAAUGCUCGACAAGCCGCUACAUUAGCGGCGCAUAAACCAUGUUCGUCAACCAAGUUUGUUCAGUGGUCGUAA